CUGAUUAUAGUUCUUAGGCCCUAGCUACUCACUUCGCAAACUCUAGGCUCCGGUCGCGCACGGGACGAACUGCGGGGAGUGAGCCGCGCGGGCCGCCGUAGUCAGCUGCUAAGAGCAGGAAGAGUCCGAGCGGCGGGCGGAGUCUGCAGGAUGGCACCGGACCCCUGGUUCUCCACAUACGAUUCUACUUGUCAAAUUGCCCAAGAAAUUGCUGAGAAAAUUCAACAACGAAAUCAGUAUGAAAGAAAAGGUGAAAAGGCACCGAAGCUUACCGUGACAAUCAGAGCUUUGUUGCAGAACCUGAAGGAAAAGAUCGCCCUUUUGAAGGACUUAUUGCUAAGAGCUGUGUCAACACAUCAGAUAACACAGCUUGAAGGGGACCGAAGACAGAACCUCUUGGAUGAUCUUGUAACUCGAGAGAGACUACUUCUGGCAUCCUUUAAGAAUGAGGGUGCCGAACCAGAUCUAAUCAGGUCCAGCCUGAUGAGUGAAGAGGCUAAGCGAGGAGCACCCAACCCUUGGCUCUUUGAGGAGCCAGAGGAGACCAGAGGCUUGGGUUUUGAUGAAAUCCGGCAACAGCAGCAGAAAAUUAUCCAAGAACAGGAUGCAGGCCUUGAUGCCCUUUCCUCUAUCAUAAGCCGCCAAAAACAAAUGGGGCAGGAAAUUGGGAAUGAAUUGGAUGAACAAAAUGAGAUAAUUGACGACCUUGCCAACCUAGUGGAGAAUACAGAUGAAAAACUUCGCACUGAAACCAGGCGUGUAAACAUGGUGGACAGAAAGUCAGCCUCUUGUGGGAUGAUCAUGGUGAUUUUACUGCUGCUUGUGGCUAUCGUGGUUGUUGCAGUCUGGCCAACCAACUGAUGGCAGUAAGGAGACCACCAGCUGUGACACCUGCCAAUGACAGAUGCAAGCCCAGCACCCUUUUGGUACGCAAAACCUGCUCUCAAUAAAUUCCCCCAAAGCUCUGA